UCCGUCCAACAGUAUCUCUGUUUGUCCUGUUCCAUUCCUUCCUAAGGAAUAAACCUAUGAUCCCAAGCUUGAGUUAGAUCUGAAACUGUUAGGAUUAGCUAAUAAUGGUGUGUGUGUGUGCGCGCGCGCACGCGCAGGUAUAGAGCGGUAACGAGUGCGUACUACAGAGGGGCAGUGGGAGCAAUGCUAGUAUUCGACUUGACCAAGCGACAGUCGUUCGACCACAUGGCACGGUGGCUGGAGGAGCUUCGAGGGCACGCAGACAAGAACAUCGUCAUAAUGCUGAUUGCAAACAAGUGUGAUUUAGCUCAUCUGCGGGCUGUGCCAACAGAAGAUGCCCAGGAAUUUGCAGAGAGGGAGAACUUAUUCUUCAUGGAAACUUCUGCGAUGGAAGCAACCAACGUGGAGACCGCAUUCAUGACUAUCCUCACCGAAAUCUAUAAAAUCAUCAGCAAGAAAACACUUGUGGCAAUCGAUGAUGCUAACCCUGGUUCCCUUAAGGGUACUAGGAUUAAUGUUGUUCCUGGUGAGGAGCCUGAUUCUGCAGGUGCCAGUGGUAGUAGGUGUUGCAGAUAGUAUAAUGAUUUCCGCUCUUAGUUUUCUUCAAUUAUGUUUUUGGGAUCCAUUUUAGCUAGGAAACACUACUUUUGUUAUUAGAAACGUUAUGAGUGAGACAGACAGAGAAUAGUGAGUAAGUUGUUGGUCGGUCUAGCUGUGUUUGUUUGUAUGUAAACAACAAUUCAUAUUCAAAAGAGUGUAUGAAUAACACAUCAA